GUGUAAACCAAUCGGCUUGGAAUGUUUUUAAUGCAAAUUGUAUAGGGAUCAGAGUUUGACAAGGGGCUCAAGGCUGAAGUUGUUGAAGCCUGAACGGUAGUUGAAAGCCUUGGUCUUUGAUUUACAUUUUGGGCACCCUUCGGGCCUUAGCCUUCCUAUAUAUGGAGCAACACCCCCAAGCUUCUAGUGGUCAGUUUCUUUAAGUCUCAACAACUCUUCUCUGUUUGCUAAAUCUUGCAAUCACGCCAAGAACCCCAAAGGGCUGUUAGAAUUUUUCUCGCUGUUUUUGCUUUGCUUGGAAAAAAGUAAAAAUUAAUUAAAGACCACCGAGCAUGACUGCCUCCACAGCCAACGGCCGUGUCCUCAUCGUCGGAGCAACCGGCUUUAUUGGUCAGUUUGUGGCAGAGGCCAGCUUAGAUGCUGGUCGACCCACCUACGUUCUGGUCAGGCCAAGUUCCAAGAACAAAGUAGCCAAAGCCCUUCAGGACAGAGGCGCCACAGUGUUGCAUGGGUUGGCACAUGAGAAGGAAUCCAUGGAGAAACUGCUGAAAGAGCACCAGAUUGAGAUAGUGAUAUCAGCUGUGGGUGGUGAAAAAAUUCUAGACCAGCUCAGUUUAAUUGAAGCAAUCAAAGCUGCUGGUACAGUCAAGAGGUUCUUGCCGUCGGAGUUCGGACACGACGUGGACAGGGCUGAUCCGGUUGAGCCAGGGCUGACCAUGUAUAAAGAGAAGCGCCAGGUCAGGCGUGUGAUUGAAAAGUUGGCCAUCCCUUUCACCUACAUUUGCUGUAAUUCAAUUGCUUCCUGGCCCUACUACGACAACAGGCACCCUUCGGAGGUCAUUCCACCCUUGGAUCAGUUUAAAAUCUAUGGGGAUGGUAGCGUGAAAGCUUACUUCGUCGCAGGCACCGACAUAGGGAAAUUCACCAUGAGAACCGUUGAUGACAUCAGGACCCUGAACAAGUCAGUUCAUUUCAGGCCAGCCUGCAAUUUCUACAACAUGAACGAGCUUGCAACUUUGUGGGAAAGGAAAAUCGGACGAACCCUCCCCAGGGUGACAGUCACUGAAAAUGACCUUCUCUCGGCUGCCGCCGAGAAUUGUAUCCCACAAAGUAUUGUUGCAUCAUUCACCCAUGACAUCUUCAUAAAGGGUUGUCAAGUCAAUUUUUCAAUCGAUGGCCAAAAUGAAAUUGAAGUGAGCAGUCUGUAUCCGAACGAGCCAUUCAGGACAUUGGAUGACUGCUUCAACGACUUCCUAGUAAAAAUGAAGGAUGAAAACAUUAAGCAAAGUAAUGAAAUCCCUGCCACAAAGCCAGUGGUCGAAGCAUUGGCCAUCACAGCAACAUGUGCUUGACGUCAAAAUUUCCAAACACAAACUAUCCUUCCAUAUCGAAGUACUGCUAGUUUGUCUAAGUUGCAAAGAUGAUUCCAUGUUGGUGUGAAUGUAUUCUCGUUUCCCUAUUGAUUUAUUAGGUGAUAGGGACAUUGUAACAAUGUAAUUGAAUAAGGGGCUUGGAUCUUUGGUCUAAGGCUCAAAUUAGUGAAAAACAAAAUAUUAUUCGAAGGUGGAAGAAGGAGACACCAACUUGGUUGUCAUACCAAGAAAUGGUUUGCUCUGAUUUGUGUGACUCCAUGCAUUUAGUAAUAAAGAUGAUUUCUUUCCCAAA